GCGCUGGCAGUACUCUCUCUCUAUCUGUCUUCGCUCUUCGCCCUCCGUCCUUUUCCCGACGCCGAGAAUUCGGAGUUCGGCGGGGGAAACCAGAUUCCUUCUGAAAGAAAGCUCUUAGAAAUCCCUCUCCACUGAGAAGCAACCUUUUGCGAAUCUGGCGAUCAGUGGUAAAACGUAAGAAUCCAGCAAUCCUAACAAUCGAACUAUUGGGGACGAAGAAGCCGUUUGUCGUGGAAAAGGAAGAAUUUCAGAAACCCCUCCCUCUAGUUCGCGUUAACGAAGUCCAUCGGAUUCCUGAUUUCAUGCCCUCGACCUUGAGAAGAUGAUUUUCCUCAGAGUCGGUCGGUUGAUCGCCAGGUCUGCGCGUGCCCGCGUCGAAAAGGCAAGUGCGUUUGGUGAUUAUGGUGCGCGGUCCGCAUUGUUCGGGAAUCUGGCGCCGGAAGCGACUUCCUUCGAGGGGAUUCCGGUGUAUCUUUAUGGGAGCAGCGUCGGACUUGGGUUCGGGAGGAGCUUUCUGACCUCCGUUGGUGGUGCAAGGGAGUUGCCUAGGAACUCGCACCGUGUCUCUGGUUUCAUUGCCGCGAACUCUAUAACUGUGCGGAAUUUCUGCAGCGAAGAGCCCAAAAGAAAGAAUUAUGAGAACUUUUACCCAAAAGAGAAGAAGGAAAUUCCUAAAGGAAACGAUCAAAGGAAGUCUGAGUCUAAAGAUGACUCCAAUGCAGAUGAAGGAAGUUUUCAAGAUGGUACUGUAAAGCAAUUCCAAAAUUAUCUAACACCACUUUUAGUUCUUGGAUUGAUGCUGUCAUCUUUUUCUUUUGGUCCGCGUGAUCAGAAGCAGAUAAGUUUUCAAGAGUUCAAAAACAAACUUCUGGAACCUGGUUUGGUGGAUCAUAUUGUUGUUUCAAACAAAUCAGUUGCAAAAGUGUAUGUGAAGAAUUCUGCAGCCAUUACCACUCAAUCCAAGGAUGAUGAUUUAUUGGGGCAUACAACUGAAGCUCCUGCAAGCAAAGGAGGAAGUGGCAGUCACUAUAGGUAUUUCAUCAAUAUUGGCAGUGUUGAGUCUUUUGAAGAAAAGCUGGAGGAAGCGCAGGAGAUGUUGGGCAUUGACCCACAUGAUUAUGUUCCUGUAACUUAUGUAUCUGAAGUGGUUUGGUAUCAAGAAUUACUAAAAUUUUCUCCUACAGCUCUGGUUCUGGGAACAAUAUUUUAUUUAGGAAGAAGAAUGCCAGGUGGAUUUGGCAUUGGUGGGAGUGGUGGAAAAGGAGGACGUGGGAUAUUUAACAUUGGAAAAGCUCAUGUUACUAAAUUUGACAAGAACUCGAAGAACAAGAUAUUUUUCAAAGAUGUAGCUGGUUGUGAUGAGGCAAAGCAAGAAAUUAUGGAGUUUGUGCAUUUCCUAAAAAAUCCAAAAAAAUAUGAGCAAUUGGGAGCUAAAAUUCCAAAAGGCGCUCUUCUUGUUGGUCCUCCUGGAACAGGGAAAACUCUUCUUGCUAAGGCAACUGCAGGUGAAUCAGGCGUGCCAUUUCUAUCUAUUUCUGGUUCAGAUUUCAUGGAGAUGUUUGUUGGAGUUGGACCAUCCAGAGUGAGGAACUUGUUUGUGGAAGCUAGACAAUGCGCACCUAGCAUAAUUUUUAUUGAUGAAAUUGAUGCAAUUGGCCGAGCAAGGGGACGUGGAGGUUUUAGUGGUGCCAAUGAUGAACGAGAGAGUACUCUAAAUCAGCUGCUCGUAGAAAUGGAUGGAUUUGGAACAACCUCUGGUGUUGUUGUUCUUGCUGGCACCAACAGGCCAGAUAUUUUAGAUAAGGCUCUAUUAAGACCUGGUCGGUUUGAUCGUCAGAUUACAAUUGAUAAGCCUGAUAUUAAAGGACGUGAUCAGAUAUUUCAGAUCUACUUGAAAAAAAUAAAGCUUGAUAACAGCCCAACUUACUAUUCUCAAAGAUUAGCGGCACUUACACCUGGAUUUGCUGGAGCAGACAUAGCUAACGUGUGUAAUGAAGCCGCCCUUAUUGCAGCAAGGAAUGAAGUCACACAGGUUACAAUGGACCAUUUUGAGGCUGCUAUUGAUAGGAUAAUUGGUGGUUUGGAGAAGAAAAAUAAGGUAAUAAGCAAGCUUGAGCGCCGAACUGUUGCAUAUCAUGAAUCAGGCCACGCUGUUGCUGGUUGGUUUUUGGAGCAUGCAGAACCUCUUCUUAAAGUCACAAUUGUUCCUCGUGGUAGUGCAGCUCUAGGAUUUGCCCAAUAUGUGCCGAAUGAGAACCUUCUGAUGACCAAAGAGCAGCUUUUUGAUAUGACUUGCAUGACUCUUGGUGGUCGUGCAUCUGAAGAGGUUCUUAUAGGGAGAAUUUCAACUGGAGCACAGAAUGACCUGGAGAAGGUGACGAAAAUGACAUAUGCUCAAGUUGCUGUUUAUGGUUUCAGUGACAAAGUGGGUCUUGUGUCAUUUCCGCAAAGAGAAGAUACAUUUGAAAUGACAAAGCCUUAUAGCAGCAAGACCGGGGCAAUGAUUGAUAAUGAGGUGCGGGAGUGGGUGGACAAGGCUUACAAGCGCACAGUGCAGCUAAUUAAGGAUCACAAGGAGCAAGUGGCACAGAUUGCAGAGCUGCUGCUGGAGAAGGAGGUUUUGCACCAAGAUGAUUUGAUACGGGUUCUUGGUGAGCGGCCUUUCAAGUCAAGAGAGCCAACGAACUAUGACCUGUUCCGCGAAGGUUUCCAAGAAGAGGAGGAGAAGAAUAAGCAGGGGCAAGAAAACACCGUUGUAGAGGAUGACGCUCCCUCGAUAGAUGGCACAGUAGUUCCUACAUAAAAAUAAAGGUAUGCUGGUGUAUACGAUACUUCUCCUUGAUAACAGGAUUUGUAAAAAUAGCUACAUUAAGUUUCAACUCAACGUUUCAGUGAGCAGAUGGUUCACUACUACAUUUUUUCAGCGAAGCUCUUAUCUUAUGAACUCCAUGUGGGGUUUGACAGCUGAUUGAAGCUUUAAGGUAUUGGAGUUCAACUAACGUUCUUUUUGCUUCUGAAAACCAGCCGAAUAAUUCAUUACUCACCGUCAUCAUUAUUAUUAUUUGGAUGAUCAGAUAAGCACAUUAAUUGAACCCAGAAAGAUGCUCAUGUAAACAAAAAAAUGAUGGUGAGUAGCCAUUCUGUCAGAAGUACAAGUGUAAAACCACGAAAUGGCUGUAUGUAUUAAAUGGCCUGGGAUUAGAGAAUCAAGUAUGAAUCGCAUGCAUUGUAUUAUUUUGAUUGA